UUCAGGGGCUCCCUAAAGUAAAAAGCUAAUCGCCAUCACCUCAAUCCCGCAUCUUCAACUCACCAUCUCCUUCCCUUCCCAUCCAGUUAUUCCAGCUUCCUGUUAAUGGCGAUUCCUUUUUUCACUACAACAGUAAAAACCCAGAUGAAAUAAUUUAAUAGCAACACAUCUUUUACUGCAAUUCACUAACUUCCAAACUCCCACAGCAGCAAACACCACGCCGCUCUCCCCGCGCACCCACGCCUCUUCCCUUCUUCGAACGUUACCCACUAAUGACUUCUUCCCCUUAGAUUCACAGAAAAACCCAACAAUUCGGCUCCAGUUCUUAAUGCGGUUCUCUCGCACUGUCAAUUGAAUCCCGCCGCUGCACUCCUUUCAGUUUCAAUUGCAUUUGGGAAUCGGAUUAUGUGAUAAUAAUUCAAGAGAGCCGGGUGAGAGACAUUUGUCCAGUUUCUUUUGGUAGAUCGGGAGUCAUGGAGAAUCGCAGUGAUGCUGACCCAAGUUCUUUUCUCAGUUUGUUUGCGGCGAUUUCAUAUGGGAUUGCUUCAAUGGCGAUGGUGUUUAUCAACAAGGCCAUUGUUAUGCAGUAUUCUCACUCUAUGACACUUCUCACUCUCCAACAAGUGGCUACAGCUUUGCUUAUACAUGUUGGGCGGAAAACGGGAUACACGAGAUCGAAGGGACUCGAUCUCCAAACAGCUAAGAGACUUCUCCCUGUUUCUCUCUUCUACAAUGCCAAUGUGGCAUUCGCUCUGGCCAGCUUGAAAGGGGUUAACAUUCCCAUGUAUAUUGCCAUCAAGAGGCUGACUCCUCUUGCUGUGCUGAUUGCUGGCUUUUUCGCUGGGAAAGGAAGGCCUUCAACGCAGGUGACUCUAUCUGUCCUGCUGACUGCUGGAGGGGUUGUUAUCGCAGCGCUUGGAGAUUUUUCCUUCGAUGUGUUUGGUUACGGCCUGGCAUUUGUUUCUGUUUUCUUCCAGACAAUGUACCUUGUUUUAGUGGAGAAGUCUGGUGCAGAAGAUGGGCUUUCUUCAGUUGAGAUAAUGUUCUACAACAGCUUCUUGUCUCUUCCAUUCUUGAUGUUCCUCAUCAUCGUUACUCGAGAAUUUCCCGACUCUUUGGUGUUGUUAAUCGCAAAGAGUAAUUCCUUGUCAUUUUUGGUGAUACUCAUUCUUUCAUUGGUGAUGGGGAUCAUUCUCAACUACACCAUGUUCCUAUGUACGAUAGUCAACUCAGCUCUGACAACAACUAUAGUAGGCGUUCUCAAAGGUGUUGGAUCCACGACUCUUGGUUUCUUCUUACUUGGCGGGGUGAAAGUGCAUGGUCUGAACGUGACUGGUCUGGUCAUCAACACAGCUGGUGGAUUGUGGUAUUCGUACGCCAAAUAUCGGCAGAGGAAAAACAGGCCACAGAAGCUAACGCCAGAUAUAGAGGCACAUCGAAAGUAAUAGUUGCUUUGAUGCACAUUGUAUAGUUGCUUUUUAACUAUGAGAAAUUGUAUGAGCGAAAUGGCAUAUAAGAGUACCCUUCCUCUACUGUUCUCCAUUUUCUGAUGAGCACAAGGUACCUGGAAAUGGAUAUGGGCAUAUGGCUCAGACUUCCUCCAACUUGCUGCUUCUGCUUUUGAGAAAUUUGUUGCAGUAUACGCUUCUAUAUAUGUGUAUGAUCGCAUAACGUAUUCUCGGGUUAAAUUUGCAGCUCUGGCGCAAAGGUGGCUUGACAUGAGGUACUGCAAAUUAAGCGAAUGAACGAAGGAUGCGUUCUUGGUAUUUGAAGAAGAAGAAGACAAGCUCAUUGUAAGGAGUCACAUUGAUGCUUCGUAGACUGGUAUGUCUUUCGUUUGAAUGUUGAAGCUGCAGCUCUGUGAGCCGAAGCAAGACACUGUAGAGUAGCCGAUUCUACAAAAACCUAAAGGGGCAAAAUGACCAUUCCCUUGCAUCACAUACAAGCAAAAAAUCACAUACUGUUGUCAAGUAUAAGCGCAUGAAACUGAACUUAAGUCAGAGUUUUGUUUUCUUUUGAGUUCAUUCAAUGGAUUACAACAAAGUUUGAAACUCAGGGGAAAACGAUCCUCGAUUAAUCUACACUCCAACGAUCAAGCCGGUACCGAGUAAUAUACACAAGUAGUUAGAUCAGGCCAGUUGGUGGGAAGAGGUCGACCUGGUUGUUUUCAAGCCUUGAGAGCCAUGAUAACAAAGAUCAGUGGGUCUGGUGAGUGAUAAAAUACUCUUAUGGAUUACAUUCCAAUCUUGCAUCAUCAGAAGAAUUCAAUCAUCUGAUGAUUCUCAGCAUUUGUUAAUGCCUUUGCCUUUUAAGUCAGUGGGGUUUGAAGGAAACAUUAUAUUAGUGUUCCAAGUUGCACACCGU